AUGACUCUUGCUUUCUUCGUCGUAUAUCCAAUCAUCCUCGUCUUGUCGUCCUUGAUAGUUCUCUGCGAACUGAUAGAGCGACCGUUGCUCAAAACAAGAAUUGAAAAAUGGCAGAUCAUCCUUUACGUGGUCUUCUUUCUACCGUUUGUUGCCAUUGGCAUGGCGUGCGGCGUGGUUGGCAUGGGAUUGUCAGACCAUUUCCGAACGGAACACGGGAUCAUCGGACUGGUCACUGCGGUUCUCUCGACGUUCGCAAUCGGUCUGUACUUUAUCGAGAGGCGUUUCCGGUCGUGGCGCUACAUGGAUAGGCGAUGGUACCGGAUACGGAAGAUCAUUAGAUACUUUGACAUAUUUCUCUGCCAGGCCGUGCUCCUUAUAUCGGGGUUUGCUUUGCCCGAUGGUAUUGAUGACUUUGGAGUCAUGACCCUUUGUGGAACGAGCAUCAUAUCCACCUCGUUGUCAUUCUCGGUAGGGAUGAUGGUAGGGUUUAUAUGGAACAGCGCCAUGGCGGCCAUGACUCUUCAAUGGUGGCUUGUUAACAGGGCCAAGCUGGAUAAGCGCCAAAGCAGGUUACGUCUGUGGACGUCACGCGUCUUUCGGCGGAAUACGGCCAACUCUGAGGAGCAGCUGAGUUCGGGCGUCUUUGAUGGACAGCUGACUUCGGACACCUGUGAUGGACGCAGGAACUCGGACAGUUACAGUACCCAGCAGUAG